CUCACUUUGGCGUUCUCAGCCAAACCGUGUGCGCCUCUUGCUGAGUACGGACGUGUCGCGAGUGCUCUGACGACGUGAGUGUUUCCCCAACGAGACGACCGACCAUUCCAAGUCAACCCGACAACGAAGAAAGAAAAAGUGUUUGAAAAAUAUUCUGUGUUGUAAACUUGUUGCUAAUACAAAAUUGCUAACUAAUCGGUGCGUUUGUUAUUAAACACAAUUCGAUACGUCAAUAAUCAAUCCGAGUGAAUAGAAAAAUAUUGAAAAAAUACCUAAUAGCUUUGCUAUGAUGGCAAACAAAUGAAAGAUGUCCACAGAAAAAAUGUAUAAUUAAUGCGAUAAUACAAAAAAGUUGUUUUUUUUUGAUACCAUAAAAAGCAGCAGAUGAAAUAGAGAAUGAGAGAUGACUUUUUAUAGUAUCCAACAACGAGUCCAAAGGAGAGCAAAGAGAAACAGGCAUGUGAAUUUCAUUCAUUCGUAUAACCACUAAACGUUACAAACGUACGAUCUCUGAGUGAAACGCGUACUAUUUUGGAAUACCAACAAACAUACAUAGUGACAUACACAUUCGAAUGCAUGGAGGCCUUUAUGAGAACAACAAAUCGAUUAGCACCUCGAUGAUUACCUAUGGAUGAAGAGUUUUGCUCCACCAUCGUCAACUGAAGCGAUAAUCACGAUACACCUCCAAUCGUUAUUUGCAGCAACAGCAACGCGAAAGUGAAAAAUAAAAUAAACCGUUGAAAGGAGUCAACGACAAUGGUGCUCUUCAGUGGUCAUCGUUCUCACAGAAUUUGCUUUUGUUGUUGGCUGAUGAUAUUGCUGACGCUCAAUGGAUAUGCGGGAUUGGUAUCAGCAGCGACGUCUGUAGAUCCUCCUGGAAAAGUGGAACCGAAAACGCUGUCCCUGCUAAUUGGAUCAAAUGGGACGAUAACAUGUCGUCUGUCCGAACCCAAAAGUUCCGAAAUAUGGUUUUACAAGGAGAAUUCUGAACGUGGAAUUUAUCAACCUUCUGACGAAAUACAGAUAAUAGAUCAAUAUACGGCUGCAUUAAUAAUACAGAAUGCUACAGAACAAAAAAGUUGGUAUCAGUGCAUGGUGGACAAGCAGGGCAUUGGAUUAUCCCAACUUCAUGUUGGAAAAUCGCCACAAAAUGUUACAGAUUUUUCCUGCAUAGUCUAUGAUUACGAAUAUAUGCAAUGCAGUUUUACGAGACCAGAGAACAUGCUCAUGACCGAGUAUGAACUGGAGUACAGAUUUGCUAAUGAUAACUCCAAACACAAAUGCAAACUUUCCGAAGACCCGGAACAGUUUCAAAAAUUGCACUGCAACAUCACAAAUUACCUACCAAUUAGAGACAAAUACCUUUUCACUUUGAUUGGCAAUAAUGCUGGCGGCAGAAAGGCCCAAAAAUUUGUUAUCAAUAAUCACAAAAUAGUAAUACCAUCACCACUAGAACUGCGUGUACAGAACAUCACGAGUAACAGUGCUACGCUUACAUGGGAAAAAAUCAAAUUCAGCUACUAUCGCAAGGGUUUAUUAUAUGAAAUUAGAAUUCCCGAAGCCAACUGGAUACGAACUGGCACAAUGGUACACCCCGAAGACUCCGUUAUCGUUAAUAAUUUGUAUUCGUACUGGACAUACCACGUAGAGAUUCGUGUGAAAUCUAAGAUUGUCGAUGCACAGAAUGACCGGUUCUGGAGUAAAACAUCCACGCGAACUUUUAGCACCAAAACAAAACGGCCCGACAAGGCUCCCGAUACACCAUGCGGAAGUUUUUACAUCGACAGCACUGAGACACAGCUGCGCCUCUACUGGGGUCAUCUGCCCGAGUUCGAACAUUGCGGCCCUGGCUUUCAUUAUCUAGUCAAUGAAAUCGAUUCAGAUGGUCUUGUAAUACAAAGUACAGUUGUUAAUGACACCACCUUGUCUUUGCCCUGGAAAAAUGUAAGCAUGCAGCGUUUCAGCAUCAGGUCGGCCAACGAUAUUGGUCCGAGUGUUGAGGACAACGUCAUCAAUGUCUAUCGCAGCGGCAGCCCUCAGUAUGAGCUAAACGAGAACAAUAUUGCCAAAGUUUAUCACAACAGCAGCUAUACACUAUCCUGGUCUCCGCCGGCAAAUCUCAACGAAUUGGUCAACUACACAGUAUUUUGGUGUUUGCCGAAAAUUGAAUUACCAAAUCAAUGCAAGGGUCCCAUCUCCUACAAGUAUUUGGACAAGUACACAACCAACUUUACCACGGAGCCCAAAGAUCGCAGUUUAAAUUUGGCCAUAUCUGCCAAUUAUCCACACUACAAUAAAGGCAUGCAGUGGGCUCGCUGUUCAGCCGAAGUAUCCAGUGAACUUAUGAAAGUCGAACUGGAAGUUACAGCUAUUAACGAUAGUUCCGUGUUGGUGAAAUGGAACUCGGGCAGCGUGUGUUCUUCAAUCCUGAAAGGUUACAAUUUGACAUAUUGUCAAGUUUCGGAUGAGAGAAAAUGUAUCAGCCCCCAACACACAAUUCAACUUUUCCGUGAAUACCGCAACUAUACCAUACAAAGGCUGUCCCCAUAUACCACAGUCUGCAUCACAAUGUUCAUGUUCUCGCCGAGCAAUCAGGGACCUGUCAGCGAAUACACAUGCGUGCGCACCAAAGCAAGCGCUCCAUCGCCACCAAAGAACGUUUUAGUAAAUCGGACAACAGUGACAAGUAAAUCGGCAAAAAUUGAAUGGAGUCCACCAGAUGUUCUCAAUGGCAUAUUGACUGGUUAUAAAGUAUAUUGGCGAAAAAAGACAUACAAACCAUUUGAAACCGCUACAAUCGACAUUAAUCAAACCUCUUUCGAGCUGACAGGUCUUAGUAGUUUCUCUGACUAUGAAGUCUACGUCACAGCACAUACAGUCGAAGAGUCGGAACCCAGCAGAUCAGUUUUUAUACAAACAUUAAUCGGAAUUCCAUCCAGCCCCCGAAAUAUCAGUAUUUCGGACUACGAGCCCGUUAUCCAUUGGGAACAGCCCGAUGUGCCAUCUGGUCAACAUGUAUUCUAUGUUGUGGCGUUGAUACAUCGCUAUACUGAAAAUGAGUCUGUUUAUGAACGUGUUUCGGUCGUAAGGGGACGCAGUUGCCGGUUCCAAGUGCCAGAGUGCACGUCAUCUAAAAUGUCUUACGCCCUGGAAGUGCGAGCCGUCAAUGUCGGCAAACAAAACGAAAUUGAUAGGGAAAUAAAACCAAUGAACAAAGACGUAAUAUUAGCUGGGGCCAAAAUUGAUCCAAGCUUUUGUAAGCCAGACAGUGAAAAGGAGAAUUACAAUUAUGAGUUGCUGGUCGAGGGAGACACAAGGUCAUACUUUGCGUCUCCCUGGAUAGAUGCUCGGCACUCGUAUUACUGCUCGCCCGACACAAAGGCUUCGCUAUAUGCAGUAGCCUUUGUUAUUUUAAUUGCUUUUGCAACUUACCUUUGUUAUUGGGUACGCAACAAAUACUACAAAAUGAAAAAUAUUAAGGUUAUUUUACCAGAGGGUCUAGUGGAUCAAGAGUCCAAUUACAAAUUGGCCGGAAGUACCCUUCCCAAAAACUGCGCUCUGGAUCCAGGUGCAAAGAAAGAAUUUCACUCGGAUAUUUCGCGUAGUAAUGAUUGUCUCGUUGCAUUCGAGCACAAGGACAACCUCAACUUAAUUUCAAAUUUCCAUAAUCGGUCACCAAAUCCCUUGUCAUCGCUCUCAUCGUCGAGCAGUUCAAAGGAUCAUCACAACGAUGACAACAUGGGCGAGCAUCCAUCCCUUGAAACCACAAACGAAGAACUAAGCUCUAAUUCAAGUGCUAGUUCGCAUUCCAAUUUGAACUAUCAUAGUCAUCAUCAAAUACCAAAACUAUCAGAGAUUGAUAGCAAAAAUACAACAUUGGACGUUGCCUCAGUGGAACAACUGCAAGAUGAAAUGAAUAGCGACGAGAUCGAAUAUAAUGACGAAGACAUUGAGCCCACCUUAAACAAUAGUGGUUAUGUAACGCACAACACCCAGCUGUUGGCUUCUCUUCUGAAUACAGCGGAAAGACCAGUUCCACCAUCAUUUCACACACCAUUUCCAGCCAUGACCACCGACGGUUACAUUCAGCCGAGUGCUGCAAAACAAUUGUUUCAACCUCAAAUACAUCAUCCACCUCCACCAACCUCACAAAAUGGUUACACAUGCAUAGAAGCACUUAGCAAGAUGACCACUAUGCCUGACAAUGGAACGGUACAAAAUGUGACGUCGCCCACCAACACUGCAUUGCCACAUUCGCAGAAUUUUCCAACAAACAGUGGGCCAGCACAAACAUCACCAGUCAUCACAGAUCUGGAGGACAUAGACCUUCGUAGGAAAGACAUACGCUCGCCAAAUGCAGCAACUGCAGGAACAGCGGUUCUCCAACAACCAAAUAAUAACAACAAUACCAUUUACGGUUAUGUAACACAACAACAAUUGGCGAACUUUGGCACCAACGUUGCACUGGCGAAGGAAUUAAAUACUUAAUUUCAUUGGACACAAUGUCCUACUACGGUCCAAGUCAUAGGUCAUGCUCCUCGCUAGGAUAGGAGCAAGUAAUGAAUGUGCGUUUUUGCAUAGGCAACAACUUAUCUAACUUCUCGAAUUUGAAAUUCAUUGUGCUAGUUACCUGUCGAUUCAAGACAAUUUGUUGUUAUUAUUAAAUUGACUGUUUAAACAAUUGUUGUUUCAUCCUAUUAUCCUUAGAUAUAAUAUUUAAACAAAAAUUCAUAUUGACUUUUUUAGGUGUUAUCCCAGAAUAAGAAAAGUCCUUCGACGCAUGAUACAAUCAGUUACAAGGAAUGUCUAGUAAUCACCUGCUGAAUACAAGGUGUACUUCUGUUGGAACACAUACGUAGUUUUUGUAUGUGAAUGUAUUGUUUCGAAUAAUAUGGGAAUUUAAUUUUAAUGUUUAUACCCUACAACACUAUGUGUUGGGGGUAUUAUAAGUUUGAUUGGGCCAGAAUUUAUGUAACACCUCGAAAUAUUGGUUUCCCAUAUAGGAAAGUAUAUAUGGAUCUUCCUAGCUCGCCGAGCUGAGUCGAUCUAGCUAUGUAUGUCCGUCCGUCCGUCUGUCCGUCUGUCCAUGUUAAUUUGUAAUCACUCUACAGGUCGCAAUUAUGGUCCGAUCUUCACGAAAUUUAGAAUGGAGGUGGGGUUAGGGUCAGAAUAGAAGCCUAUUUCUUUUGGAGAUGAUUGCUAAAUGUUUAGGGGUUGAAAUGGACCAAAUACUGAAAAAAUAUCGGAUUUUGCAACAGCUAUACAGGUCGCAAUUAUAGACCAAUCGAAUUUCGUAUGUAGCUAGAAUUUAGGGCGGGGAAGAAGCCUACCAAUUUCGGUGGUCAUCGGAUAAUAUUUAGCGGGUAAAAUAGACCAUAUCUUUUGUGUUGAAAAAAUUCAACACUUUUCAUUAAACCGGGAAUAUUUUAAAUCCCGGCGAAAUCACGAAGCCAUGACAAGGUUACUUCUGACCUUUACAUUGAUGUUAACAUCCAUCAAAUCGGAUAUAUUGCAAAAUAUGUGCGAUAUAUAUGUCUAUCAAAGAAGAUAUGCUUGAAAGAUCUCUUAUAUGUCGAGAACGGCUGAACUGAUUUCGACAGUUCUCAUUAAUUCAGAAUGGCCUCUUGGCAGGAAACAUAAAACGUCUAAAAAAUCUCAUAAAAAUAUCUUUCUAAAGCUAACAAAACUAAGUAGUUAGGAUAUCAGGAUAUCAUAUACAGAUCGCAUUUAUGACCCGAUCCUUACGAAAUUUUGCGUGGGUAUAAGAUGAGGGUCAGAAUUGAAGCCUAUUCUUUUUUGGAGAUGAUCGCAAUAUAUCUAGGGGUUGAAAUUGACCAAAAAACUGCAAAAUUGUCAGCAGGUAGUAAUUAUCGCCCGAUCCUCACGCACAUUUGAAUUGGGGUUACCGGACAUUGCAAAAGCCAAGCAGUUUUGGAUGGCCAUCCAAAAAUAUUCAAUGUGCGAAAUAGUUUGCCAACUUUUGUAGACAAAAUACGAAAAUGUCCAUUCCAGUGUCUUUGUAGAAUUCACAAAUACAGGAAAGAAGCACUUCUGACUAUUUCGUUAACGCUGAUUUCGUGGAAGAAUAUAGUCAAAUGUCUGUAUCUCAUAUAGAUGCGUUUCAGUCAAAAACCAAUAAUAAAUAUUAAUCUUUUGCCACUUCUGAGAGAUUAUAGGUCUUUGGGAAAUAUUGGUUCCAGAUCUAAGAAGACCAUUUACGUACAACAUCUACCAAUAAAUUGGAAAUGAGGAAAUUCGUUUAAGUUGCAAUUAAUCGAAAAUUAGAGAACGAAACCUGAUGGUUUUCUUUUUUAUUUGUCACAAUAUUUUGUGGAAUUCUUUCGAGUAUCUCGCCUAUAUAAACUGUAUGGUUUAUUAUAGUGUUGUAGGGUAUUCAACGGUCGGCCCCGCUCGACUGUAGCCUUUGCUUACUUGUUUUAAGAUCUAUUCAGUUUAAAAUUCGUUUUUUUUUUUUUGGGAAUACUUGUUUUAGUUUUGAAAUAUAACAAUAUUACGAACCCGUUAUUAUGAAAAUCCCCUGAUGUUCCCUUCGUUUUCGUGAUUUUGCCCUAAAUUAAAAAAGUGUCAUAUAAACAAAAUAAAUUGUUACUUUUGUUGUGAGGAUUGUUGGGAUUAGCAUGACUCUGUUUUCAACCUGUCCUAUCUUGUAUAUGCUUGUAUCAUGCUUCGAUCCAUUUGUGGCCAACAUAUACAUAUAUUUUUUGAUUAAUAAGUAAAUAUUGUGUACAUAACAUAGAGAUAUAUCGUAUUAAGGAUAGGGCACUAUAUUUUAUAUGAUGUAUUUAUUUUUCAUUGAUUCUCACAAAUAAAUUUUCGGAGCACACAUACACCCACACACACACCUUAAGCAGUCAAUAUCUAGUUCGAUACUCAUCACAACUUUGCCAUUAAUGUUAAUUGUUAAAAUAUUUUACGACACAAUAUAAUUGUACUCAAUAUACAAAAAUUAUACAAAAUACAUAUAUCUAUAUAUACAACCAUGAAAAUAUACACAUAGGAUUUAUUUAUAGUUAGAUUUACACACACACGUACAAUAUUUUAAGACAAUUCUUUUAAAAACUCGAUAUACAUGGGUUAGCAGUGACAUAGACCAUUGGCCAAGGUCGACCUGGGGCAAGAGCAAGUGUGCCGUUUAGAGUCUGCCAGGGGACCAUAAAGCCAAGCCCUUGAUAGGGUAAAUAUCGCUGCAUAACUUCAGCCUCACGAAAAUAUAGGCAAAUUGAAUGCCGCUCGUAAUAAUGAUUUCUAAAUUCAAAAAGUUCACAUCUUCGAAACUAUUAGCGUAUAUCUCGUCGGUGCAGGUGAUUUAUCAUGACAUAUUUUGUGCAUUUUCACCUAUUCCGGAUGCUUUGACAUGGCAUUUUCGUUUCUGCGACAUAUUUGAAAUAAAUAAGAAAAAGAGGAUCUUUAAAGUCACUAUAUUAGUACUGAUGACAGACAAAUGCCUCGGUAUCAAAGAAAUUACAAAAAAACAAAUGGCCAAAUUAGUUGUUUUUUACAAUUGAUUGAAAUAGAAACCAAUUUAAUUCAAUGCGUUAAACUAACAACGUAAAGAAGGAAAUGUGAAGGAGUCGAGAUGUUUUCGAUGAGAAGUUCAGUUGUUUCAAUAAAUAUGAGAAAUUAUGACAUCACAUGGAACUACUUUCAUUAAAUUUAGCAGGGUCUUUUAUAAGUGUUGAUCAAUGUCUUUUUUGUGCCACUCAACUUAAAAUAAUAAAGAAAUAAAUAUUUUUUUUUAGUUACUGUGAAAGCUAUUAAACAAAGUAUUUAUAUACAUAUAGAAGAGCAUGGGGAACAGUUGCCAAAUAUCUUUUGUUUUAAAAAAAUAUUGUUGCAGUAUUUAGCAUUUAAAAAAUUGUUCACCCUGCAAAUGUGUAGGAUGGAACACAAUUAGGUCAGUUUUUAAAACUACACUACUUUUACUGAUGCUCACAAGGGUGGGCACUGUGAAGUCAAAUUACAAGGGCUGGUAUGCCGUAAUAUAUUGAUCAACCAAAAUUUUUAAAGUGCGUUAAGGAUUGGCUGGAAUAUUGAUUCUGAAAAUGUUCUUUUAUGUUGCUCUACCUAUUUUUAUAGGUGUUCGUGCACAGUUUCUAGCGAAAAAUUGCAACUGCAAAUUCAUUAGAAGAGAUUCAAGGCUGAGAGAUUGUUAUUUUAUUAAAAAAGCCAAUUACAAGCUCAACGAAUGAACAUUUCGCUGAAGUUUUGAAAAAGAAAUCGAUUAUUAUUAUUCCAAUAAAUACGGCAAAUACAUAAUUUAAGAUAUAAAAAUCUACCAUUGUAAAUUGCAAAAAGACUUAAUAUACACAUGUAUUUUAUUUGAUACAAAACAAACAAUAUACUCUUGUAAAUAAUAAUAUUAUCCUCCAAUACCGGCUGACUUUCAAAAUGUGUCAAACAAAGUCUGUCUCCGACUGUACAACUAAACAACAAUAUCUCUAAAACCAACAUUUAUUUGGUGCUAAAACCGUUCAUUGUUUUAAGUUCGUCAACAUAAAAUACAAAGCUACAAGGACUACGCGAUUUAUUUCUUAAUAGGCGUUUUCAGAUGGUAUACCUUGCAUUUUGUGUAAUUCAACAUAAUGGUCCUGACAUUUUGAAAUCAGCCACUUACCCAUAAUUAUUUUCCGUGUGCAUAUUAUACGACGCUGAAAAACUUAUUUAUGGAAAUACAUACACACCUAAAUACCUAUUUAUGUUAUUGAAAUUAAAGAAUUUUAUAAAUAAAAUUUUAAAUUUUACAAAUAAACAAAAUGGAAUUUUAACAUACUGUAUAA